AUGGUUUAUCACAAACAACUUGGUCGAAAGUCGUCCAAUGCUGCGUGGGCAGCAAGUGGAGAAACUCCGCUAACUGUAGUUCGACGCAGUCAUUUCGCUCCAAAAACGUUAUUUUGUAUCUUCUUCAAGACCACCGUCCCUGUUUUAAUCCAUCAUGUGGAAAGAGGGCAAACUAUUGAUCAUGACUAUUACAUCAAUAAUUGUUUACAACCCCUUGUCAACGAAAUCCAAAAGCAAAGACCGUCAUCGGGUACACAUGCAAUUAAAAUUCAUCACGAUAAUGCGAGACCCCAUGUUCAUAAAGAUGUUUCUACUUAUCUCGAAUCACAAGGCAUCAUGAAAAUGUUACAACCACCGAAUUCUCCGGACCUCACACCGUGCGAUUUUUUGGUUAUUCGACUUGAUCAAACAAAGUCUAACAGAUCCAAGAAGCUCAGUAUCAUUGCAUCGUGCCGUAACCAAAGUCAUGUUUUCGAUUAA